AUGACCAUGGCUGUCUCCGCACCUCCGGUGAUCUCUGUAACUUCCAGCGGCACAGGCGUCGCGGGGGGCUUAUUUCGGGCGGAACCCCUGUACUCGACUCCUGGAGAGCCUCCUCGUCUCACCCCCAGUAUGAUCAACAGUUUCAUGGCCAAUAACCACAGUGGCAGCGCCGGGGGAGGAGGAGGGGUCGGUAGUGCCAGCGGAGGCAGCGGCAACACCAACACCAACGAGUGCAGGAUGGUCGACAUGCAUGGGGUGAAGGUGGCUUCGUUCCUGAUGGACGGCCAGGAACUGAUCUGCCUGCCGCAAGUCUUUGAUCUCUUCCUCAAACACCUGGUGGGAGGGUUGCAUACGGUGUACACCAAGCUGAAGAGACUGGACAUAUCUCCGGUGGUGUGUACUGUCGAGCAGGUCCGGAUCCUCCGCGGGCUGGGGGCCAUCCAGCCCGGGGUCAAUCGCUGCAAACUCAUCACCAGGAAAGACUUUGAAACUUUGUUCUCCGAUUGCACCAGUGCCAGAAGGAAGAGGCAAAUGACAAGAAAACAAGCUGUUAACAGUUCAAGGCCUGGCAGGCCUCCUAAACGUUCUUUGGGAGUUUUGCAAGACAAUGCUCGCCUUCUGCCCCAUUCAGUCCCAGGCCUCUUAUCACCAGGACUUAUCACUCCAACAGGUAUAACAGCUGCAGCAAUGGCUGAGGCGAUGAAGCUACAGAAGAUGAAGCUUAUGGCUAUGAACACUCUUCAGGGAAAUGGAAGCCAAAAUGGGACUGAAUCAGACCCUGAUGAUCUUAAUUCUAAUACAGGUGGAAGUGAAUCUUCCUGGGAUAAGGAUAAGAUGCAGUCUCCUCUUGCUGCCCCUGGACCCCAACAUGGAGUUGCUCAUGCAGCCCGGGCUGGCCAACCAGGCCUUGGGGGUGCUCCUACCCUCAACCCUCUGCAGCAGAACCACCUGCUGAGCAAUAGACUGGAUCUGCCAUUUAUGAUGAUGCCUCAUCCCCUACUUCCAGUCAGCUUACCUCCUGCAUCAGUUGCCAUGGCAAUGAAUCAGAUGAACCAUCUCAAUACUAUUGCCAACAUGGCUGCUGCAGCCCAGAUUCACAGUCCACUCUCCAGAGCUGGGGCCUCAGUUAUAAAGGAACGAGUCCCAGAGAGUCCUUCUCCUGCUCCCUCUCUGGAAGAGAGUCAUCGCCCUGGGAGCCAGACCUCCUCCCACCCCAGCAGCAGCGUGUCCAGCUCUCCCUCUCAAAUGGAUCACCAUUCAGAGAGAAUGGUUAUGAUGCCCAACAAUAGAGAGGAACUUGUUGAUCAGGAUAAUGGACCAACAAUCAAAAAAUUUCAAAGGGAAAAUAAAGAAGAAGUACCCAUUCAAAUUCCAAUGAUGAAGUCACCCUUGGACAAGAUCCAACUGACUCCUGGGCAAACAUUGCCUCCUGGAUUCCCUGGACCAUUCAUUUUUGCUGAUAGUCUGUCCUCUGUGGAGACUCUGUUGACCAACAUUCAGGGUCUACUGAAAGUGGCUUUGGAUAAUGCCCGCAUCCAAGAGAAGCAGAUUCAACAAGAAAAAAAGGAACUGCGAAUGGAGCUCUAUAGAGAGAGAGAAAUUAGAGAAAACCUUGAAAGACAACUCGCAGUUGAGCUUCAAAGCAGAACUACCAUGCAAAAGCGCCUGAAGAAGGAGAAAAAAGCAAAGAGAAAACUACAAGAAGCUUUGGAAUUUGAAUCAAAGCGCAGGGAGCAAGUGGAACAAGCACUUAAGCAAGCCACUACUAGUGACAGUGGAAUGAGGAUGUUGAAAGAUAGUGGGAUUCCAGAUAUUGAAAUAGAAAGCAAUGGAACUCCUCAUGAUAGUACUGCUAUGCAAGGUACAGUAAACAGAUUUUAUUUGUCACUCUCUUUACAAUAUUUUUCUUAUUUUUGA